GUGGCCUUUUUGAGUGUAUGUGUGUGUGUGUUUGUUUGUGUGUGUGGGUGCGCACUCUGGGGGAGGGGGAUCUAUCCUGAGGAGCAGGAGAUGAGGAGUUCCAGCACUCUCUCUACAAUGUGGCACAUGUUGCUGGGCAGCUGUGCUCCACGUUGGCUCUCGCAUGCAUGCGGAAUCCACUCCGACUUUAGGACGAGGCUUCUGGGCUGGAAUAUGGGCACAACCUGGAAGCAGGCUCUGUAUAUAUAGCUAACAUUGCACAUAAGGCGUAAAUGCAUUUGGUGGCUCUCCAAGACACAGACCAGUAAUAAGGACCAAGCAGAGGAGGAGUUCUCAGGGGCUUCAGCUGUAACCCCACUCGCUCUCCUUGGUGAGCUUGCUAGACUCCAGGCUGUGAAGAUUCCUGAGGGAUUCAUCUCCGGUGAGUGACCCAGUCACAGCUCUCGCCAUGCGUCUUCUCACCACUCUGCCAUUGCUGGUCCUGGUGCUCAGAGCAGCUGAGACACGGAAGUCAGCCCGGAGCGGCCGAGGCCGGGCACACAGCCGUGCCAAUGCCGUCAAGCGCUACGUGGCAGACUGCAAAGGGUACGUAGAAUAUGGGGCCAAGUUCCUCGACUGCCAGGAACACCGGCUGACUGCCGUCUUGCUCGGAUGGCCGGAAGACAUUGACCACCUGCUGCUGGCACAGAACAAGAUCCAGGUGCUGCAAGACAACACCUUCAGCCACUUCAGGAAGCUGCAGAGCUUGGACCUGCAGCAGAACGAAAUCUCCCUGAUUGAGGAAGGUGCAUUCAAUGGUCUGAGCAAACUGACAAUCCUGCUGCUGCAGCACAACCGCUUGCAGGUGGCCACUGAGGCCAUGCUCAUCCCCAUGGUGCGACUCAGCCACCUGCGUCUUCACGACAAUCCCUGGAGGUGCAGCUGCCAGUUAGACAGCCUCGUGCGCUUCCUGCAGGUGCCCAGCAACCGUCACAUGGGCAACUUUGCAAAGUGCGCCGAGCCCACACACUUGUGGGGGCAGCAUCUGAAGCAGUUGGAUGCCACCUUGCUCUGCUCCCCAGAAUUCCAGCCAGUAGCUCUACCAUCAAGGCCACCCGGUAUACAAAAACAUCUUGAUGCAACAUUACUGUGCCACACCUAUGUGUUCCCCAAACCACUGCUGGAGUGCAAGAGCAGAGGGCUGAAGACCAUUCCAGCUGAUAUCCCAGCAAGCAUUGUGAAAAUGGAUCUAUCCUUUAACAACAUCACACACCUGAGGCCUAAAGAGUUUGUUGCUGUCAAGGACCUGAAGCUUCUUAACCUCAGUAGCAACGGCCUAGAACGCAUUGACACAGAUGCCUUUGCUGGCCUUCUGUACCUGCGAGAGCUAGACCUCUCUAAUAACAACCUACGUUACUUCAGCUACGGUGUUCUGGAAGACCUGUACUACCUCAGGAUACUGUCUCUGGGUGGCAACCCCUGGAUCUGUGACUACAACAUCCACUACCUGAUCUACUGGCUGAAGCACCACCCAGCUGUUGACUACACUGGUCUGGUGUGCAGCGAGCCACAUGAGUUCCAAGGCUGGCCUGUGGAGAACUAUGUCAAGACCUACAACGCAGAGUGCCCCAAAGACAAGCAGGUGGGCUCACAGACAGACACUGCUCAGCCAGGCCUGACAUCCCAGGAGCUGAUUGCAGAGACUGAGGAAGUUCCAGACCUGCUGCCCAACCCGCUCAGAGAUAGACGACGGAAGAAAUUUGAGAUCAUUCGCCUGAAUUAAAGCAAGGACUCUAAGCACUGUCAGUCUUUCUGGAUGAACUGUAGACUUUCCCUGAGAAUAAUUCAAAUUUUGUCUGCAUCAGAUCAGAAAUUAAACCUUUAAAUCAUCUGUAUCACAGUUUGAGAAGACAUUUUUAGUAUAUGUUUCUGAUCAAUUGUUCUGUAAACUAAAUCAUAAUAAUAAAAGUCAACCCUUUUUUUUCUA